UUAAAACACACGGUUUUUUUUAAUUUUCUUUUUUUUAAUGCGUUUCGUUAAUAUAUCUUUGAUAUGAAUAAACUAAAAGCUUUUGAACAUAUAAGGGAAUUCUAAUAUACUAAGUAAGAUUUUUAAGAGUACCUUCCCAUGGCUCCCACGAUAUAGGCCUCAUCACCUCCGAUUUUAAUAGCGAUAUCCGCCGAGUAACAAUUAUAAACAAUAAUCCUUCUGUUAGUUCCGAAAAUUCAGCCCCAAUGAUCCUGGCUUCUAAAAUGACGGCUUCCUGUUUCUCGAAAGCCUUCUCCAACCCCAACACCCUUAGACUCGUCGGCGGCUUCUCGAAUCAUAGGGCGAAUCUAGAGACGCUCUCGAACAACGUCAUUCUUAGGCGGCCCAUAACUUUCGUCAAAGGGAACCCCUCAAAAUUGGCGCCUAACGUUUUGGCCUACAUCAAGGAGAAGGCCGAUAUAUGUAAGCCGGAAAAUAUAUUCCUCUGCGACGGAUCGGCUCAAGAAAAUUCUAAACUGUUGGCUCUGAUGCAGAACCAAGGGAUCGUUAAAAAACUCAGCAAAUAUCAAAAUUGUUGGCUAACCCUCACUGACCCAGCCGACGUAGCUAGGGUAGAAAGUAAAACUUUUAUCAGUACCCCCGAAAAGAGAGAGACGGUCCCUACACCCAAGGAAGGAGUCAAAGGAACACUCGGUAAUUGGAUGUCUCCUAAAGAUAUGAGUAAAGCUCUUUGGCAAGACAGAUUUCCGGGAUGCAUGAAAGGUCGAACGAUGUACGUGAUACCUUUCAGUAUGGGCCCUAUAGGUUCGAACCUAUCUAAAAUAGGCAUUCAACUAACCGACUCGCCUUACGUCGUCGCAUCCAUGGUUAUCAUGACGCAGGUUUCUCCCAAGGUACUAGAAAUUUUAGGAAACGAUUCCUUCGUAAAAUGCUUGCAUUCGGUUGGCCAACCGCUUCCCCUUGCAAAACCGGCUGUUAAUAAUUGGCCUUGCAACCCUGAAAAGACGUUGAUCGCCCAUAUCCCCAGGUCCAACGAAAUAGCCAGUUUUGGGAGUGGAUACGGAGGCAACAGUCUUUUGGGCAAAAAAUGUUUUGCUCUCAGACUCGGCUCCAUACUCGCUAAAAGGGAAGGAUGGCUCGCCGAACAUAUGCUCAUAACGGGUUUCGUCCCUCCGGCCAAUGAAGGCGACACUCAAAGUAAACCCAAAUUUUACUUGACUGCCGCGUUUCCUAGUGCCUGCGGCAAGACAAACAUGGCCAUGAUGAAACCCACACUUCCAGGGUGCAGUAUUACUUGCGUCGGUGACGAUAUAAGUUGGAUGAAAUUCGACUCUAACCACCAACUCCACGCUAUUAAUCCUGAAUACGGGUUUUUUGGGGUUGCUCCCGGUACUUCUUACCAAACUAACCCCAAUGCAAUGGAAACUAUGAAAUCAAAUUCCUUAUUCACGAACGUAGCCGAAACGAGCGACGGAGGCGUUUAUUGGGAAGGAUUGGAGGAAGAAACCUUCGGAAAAAAUGGCGAAAAAAAAGUGAGCAUAACUUCAUGGACGGGUAUUAAAAAUUGGACCAAAGAUAGUGGGACUUUAGCAGCUCAUCCCAACUCUAGAUUUUGUGCCCCAGCUGGACAAUGCCCAGUGAUAGACGAAAACUGGCAAAAUCCUAAGGGGGUCCCCAUCAGUGCUAUUGUUUUCGGGGGCCGCAGACCGGAUGGCGGUGUACCACUCGUUUACGCUUCCUUCGACUGGAAUCACGGGGUCUUUAUGGGAAGCUCUAUGAGGUCCGAGACUACUGCCGCUGCAGAGCAUAAAGGUAAAGUGAUAAUGCAUGAUCCUUUCGCCAUGAGGCCAUUUUUCGGAUACAAUUUCGGCCAUUAUAUAAAACAUUGGCUCAGCCUUGGAGCCAAACACAAGGAGCAUAAAGAGUUACCUCGUAUUUUCCACGUUAACUGGUUCAGGAAACAUCCCACUACUGGCCAAUACUUAUGGCCUGGGUUCGGAGAAAACUGCAGAGUCAUCGAUUGGAUAUAUAGGUUUUGCAACGGGGAAGACGUGGCAAUUAAGUGCCCCAUCGGCUAUAUCCCCAAACCCGGUUCGCUAAAUUUGAAAGGGCUGGAACAUUUGAAUAUAGAUUACGACGCCCUAUUCUCCAUUCCUAAAGAGUUUUGGGCAAAGGAAUGCCUUGAUAUCAGCAAAUAUUUCCAAGAACAAUUGCCCGAGGAUUUACCUGAAGAAAUAGGAGAACAGCUCAUGGCCCUUCAAACUAGGGUUAAUGCAAUACCUAAUUGAUAGAAUAAAUUAGAAUAAAAAAUAAUUCGCUUAUAGGUUUUAUUUAGUAAAUUUUUUCAUUCCUACAAUUAAUCGGUGAUACGUUUUAAAUUUUUUUUUGUGGCAAUGAUUUAAAAAUUUUUUUUAAUUGAAUCAACAACCUUAUAUUUUUAUACCAAAUUGACAAUUUAUUUGUCCACUUCAGUAUUUAUUUUAGACAUGAUGUUAAUAUAAUGCAAAGCUUUUAAGCAAUAAUAAAUAAUUGGAUAUUAUUCACAAAAUUUUCCAUAUUUUUCCGUUCACUCACGAAUUACUAAUUUCUCUAUCCAAAUAAAAAAUCGUUUUUAUAUUUUUUUAUUUCACUAUUUUAAAAUAUCUUCCGUUUUUUGUG